AAAAAAGGGACUUCUGAGCAAAGGAAUGUCAGACUGAGCCACUUGGAACCAUGAGAGUGAUACUGUUGGCUGUGGUUUACAUCCCAUUCAUCCUGGCCAUGGAACGAAUCCCCCUGAUUCGAUUCAAAUCUAUCAAGAAACAGCUGAAAGAAAAGGGAGAAUUAGAGGACUUUUGGAGGAAUCACCACCCUGAUGUUUUUGCCCGAAGAUAUCUGCAUUGCUUCCCUGCAGAUAUUGCUUUAUCAGUAGGAACUGCUUCAGAAAGGCUGUAUGAUUACAUGAAUGCGCAGUACUACGGAGUGGUGAAUGUCGGCACGCCCCCACAGAGGUUCACCGUCGUGUUUGACACCGGUUCCUCCAAUUUUUGGGUCCCUUCUGCUUAUUGCAUCAGUGAGGCGUGCAGGGUGCACCAGAAAUUUAAGUCCUUCAAGUCGGAUUCAUAUGAGCACGGAGGGGAAGCCUUCUCCUUGCAGUACGGCUCGGGACAGCUUCUGGGCAUUGCUGGCAAAGACACGCUGCAGAUAAGUAACAUCUCCAUCAAGGGACAAGACUUUGGCGAGUCAGUGUUUGAGCCAGGAACAACUUUUGUCCUUGCCCAUUUUGAUGGCGUGUUGGGCUUAGGCUACCCCUCCUUAGCAGUGGGCAAUGCUCUGCCUGUGUUUGACAGCAUCAUGAACCAGCACUUGGUAGAGGAGCCGGUCUUCUCUUUCUAUCUGAAAAGAGGAGAUGACACUGAGAAUGGUGGUGAGUUGAUUCUAGGGGGAAUAGACCAUUCUCUCUACAAAGGUUCAAUCCACUGGGUCCCAGUCACUGAGAAAAGCUACUGGCAAAUACAUGUGAACAAUAUAAAGAUCCAGGGCCGGGUGGCAUUUUGCUCCCAUGGCUGUGAAGCCAUCGUUGACUCAGGCACUUCUCUUAUCACUGGACCCUCUUCACAAAUCAGGCGAUUACAGGAGUAUAUCGGGGCAAGUCCAUCAAAUACUGGAGAGUUUCUUGUAGACUGCAGAAGAUUGUCCAGCCUGCCUCACAUAAGUUUCACGAUCGGACACCACGAGUACAAGCUGACAGCAGAACAAUACAUCCUAAAGGAGUCUAUUGACGACCAAACCUUCUGCAUGAGUGGCUUUCAGUCUCUCGACAUCCCCACUCGCACUGGCCCACUAUGGAUUUUAGGAGAUGUCUUCAUGUCUGCAUUUUACUGCAUUUUUGACCGUGGGAAUGACAGAGUGGGAUUUGCAAAAGCUGUUCACAGGAAUGAUUACUACUGAGUCAUAAUAGCAUCUAUUCUGUCUUAAAUGUUAAUGUAAUGAUCUUCAAUACUGUGUGAAGUAGGGAUUUUACUGAAACUUUGGAUCUAAAUGCAUGCUGUGUUGUCCCCCUCCAGGUUUUAGGGACUUUGCAGUGAUCUUUGUCCUAAAUUAUAUAGUUUGGUUCAAUAUCUAUAUGUUUAUAACCAAGAAACAAUAUUUCCUGAGUAACUAAUGGACAGUGCAGCUCUCAGGAUAAAGCAGAAAAGCUCAGCAUUCAGAUUUGCAAAAGAUCAGGAAGAAAAAAAUGCUGAACAAUGCCAGUCUGACAAGAUAGCGGUUACGAGUGGGGGAAACUAAUCUCAGUCCUGCCUGGUCUGGCUAUCCUUUUUUUCUUCUUGUUUGCUAGUUUCCACCUCAUUUCCUACAGCUUUCUUUUUCCUCAUCAUUUUCCAUGGUUUGGGUUCUGCUUAACUUUGUUUCCUUAGUGCCAAGGAAAUUCUCUUUAAAUUAUCCUACUCCAACCAGCUUAUAUAAAGGGGAAUUUGACUGUUGCCUGUGUGACCACUAAUUUUCACUACUGUUCCUUGCACACAAUUUCCUGCUCCUUACACCAUCACUCAAGCCUCCUUUUUCCCUUAAGAUCAUUAUUGAUGGAUAUUUUUCUAUUCCUCUUUUGGGUCUCAGCAUUUAACAUACAUACCUUAGGUCAGAUGCUGCUUUUAGCAUCUGACAUCUCUGCCCCUUGGUGGUGGGAGCAGCUGGAGCUGCAUCUAUUCACACUACAAAACCCAGAUCGAAGCCAAUGCAAAGGCAUAGCACAGUUCCCUCCCUCCACCACAGAUGUGCACCAGCACUAGACAUCUACUGCUUCUUGCUCAACCACCUCUUGUCAGCCUUGGCAACUGUUUCAGAUGAAACAGCCACAGGCAGCUGCACGGAUUUGGCAAAAGAAGAUUCACCAAAAUCAUACCCAUUGGAGCAUUUGUUGGGAUUGCUAAAACUGAUACUGCACCACUACACAUGAAUAAAACUUAAACAAGAAAAAUCUGCUUUGGUCCUAGUGCUGUUACAGCUACGUUUUAUAUUUUUUUCAGUGGUUCCAGUGCUGGAGAGGAAGGGGAGGAGAAGGUGUAACAGCAAUUGAAAAUUCAUAUUGCUCUGUGUUCUGGAGUGGAAAGAUGUGAUAUGUUGGCAUAUGUCUUCCUAAACCCAAAAAAUGUCCGCAGCCCCAGCCCUGUGCACUAGGCACCUCCCCAGUAGGGCAGAACCAUGGGGAGCUGGAGAGUGGCCCCAUGGUGGCAUUGCUGGGACAGGGGGUUGUGGCCCCCAGGGCUUUGCUGCUACCAUCUGCCUGGAUGUGCUUAGCACAGACUAAAGCCAACACCCAUUGCUGGCCUUGGCAGCAUUAUGAUCACAACCCCUUAGAUUUUGAGGCUUCAGUUGUAACACUCAAUAAGUAUUACUAAAGCAAGACAGUUUGCCUGUAGGUAUCUCUGACAUACUGAUCUUGCCUUCCAGUAUGAAAUACUCUCCUGUGCCUGUUUUCAUGACUCUCUAUUUGCAGCCACAUUGUGUUACACAUUUGGCAUCCAGGCUAUUAACCUCCAGCAAAGAAGACCUUGCUGCCAGCUGUCUCUUUCUGCAGACAAGACUGAGCUGUGUGAAGUUAUCAUGUAUUUUAGGGCAAUCUUGCCUUGAUUCCCCUUUGUCCUUAUCACUGUUUAAGAAUGGAUAACUUAUAUGAGCUAACUUAUUUAUCUAGAAAAUGUCAUUUGUUUGGUCAUAAACCAAGACAAACAAACAUCUAUAAAGCUCUAUCCCUCAUUUACAGUAGCAGGGUAUUUUUGUUUUCUCUACUAUGCAGCAGACUUAACACUCCGAUACAUUUCCAUUAUUUCUAAAAUACUUAUAUAU